AUGUUUAGACCGGGUCAGAGGCAAGUGACACUCAUAUCAGUUAAGUGCCUAGCGAGGUUCGGUUCGUCUGCUACUUCUUCCUCUUCUAAGAAUGAUCCUCUAAGCAUCCUCUCCAGUAUGACUAGACAGGAUGCUCAGAAAACUGCCAAGAAAACAGCCUCAAACUCCGAAUCAUUAUUUUCCUUUCUUGGGGACUCUGCUCUUUCCUCUUCAGGUGGUAACGCCAAGAUUAAUGCCUUUGAGUUCGCCAAAAACCUUCCUUUACAGGAUAAUUUGGCAGGAAGAUCGAUGUUAGUGCGGAGGUCUUCUAGUAUAGGUCGUUCCAUCUCACAGUUUGAUACUUUGGUGAGAUCCAACAAUUUAAGGGACUUGUCAUAUGAUCAGAGAUUCUACACUAAGCCUAACAAGCGCCGGCUAGCAAAGAGAAUCGCUAACAAAAAGAAGAGAUUUGAUGCUGGUGUCGCCGACUUGUUUCAGAUUGUUAAGGAUGCCGUUAGAAAGGGUUACUAA